AGGUUAGCAGAGGUUAGGUUCGAGGGUUCUAUUUAAAAUAAAACGUUAGGAGCGUUAACGCCUUCAACGGUUAGGUUAGUCGGCAGUACGUGCGUGAGUGCGUUGAGUCUGGUUAUCGAGGGUGUUUAACGGAGUACUUCGUGCAUCGUUAAUUAAAAUUGUGUCGAGUGUUUCUUGCGGAAACAAAAGCGCGAAAAUGAGCAAUUCAACUAUUUCGGAUCAAUCGCUGAUGGACAAGUCCAUGCGGAGUGUCUUCGUCGGGAAUAUCCCAUAUGAGGCAACGGAGGAGAAUCUGAAGGAUAUCUUCAGCGAGGUUGGACCGGUGCUUUCCUUCAAAUUGGUAUUUGAUCGUGAGACGGGCAAGCCCAAGGGAUAUGGCUUCUGCGAAUAUAAAGAUCAGGAGACAGCUUUAAGCGCUAUGAGAAACCUAAAUGGAUACGAGAUCGGCGGACGAACGUUACGCGUGGACAAUGCUUGCACGGAAAAGAGUCGUAUGGAGAUGCAGAGUCUCCUGCAAGGCCAGAACACAGAGAAUCCGUAUGGAGAGGCUGUCCAAUCGGACAAGGCGCCAGAAGCAAUCAGCAAAGCCGUGGCGUCCCUGCCGCCCGAGCAGAUGUUCGAGCUGAUGAAGCAGAUGAAGCUCUGCGUGCAAAACAAUCCGAACGAGGCGCGUCAAAUGCUCCUACAGAAUCCUCAGUUGGCCUACGCUCUGCUCCAAGCGCAGGUAGUCAUGAGGAUAGUCGACCCGCAUACAGCUGUCAGUAUGUUGCACAAGGCUAAUCCUAUCCCGGGUGUACUGACACCGUCGGAGAAACCAAUCCCGCAGAUACAGCCGCGAAUCGAGGAACCGUGGGCGCCGCGACCUCCGCCACCCGUCACCGUUCCAGCGCCCAUUUUUGCGGGUACGACAAAACUUUGCCUUGUCAUUGAUUUAAGAAUCACGCCA